AAGAGGGCGUGCUAUCGACGGUAUCCUACAUACCUACUAUGUAUGUCCAUGUGUGCAGUGUGCUAGUAGCAAACCGUAGGAGUCUUCCUCAAAAUAAUAUAAUAGGAGGAAGGUAGAAGAGUUUCACCGGCCACACCAGCACAGCACAGCACAGCACAGCACAGCAGUGUAGCCGAGAGCCAGCCGCUGCCAUGGAGGAGGUGUGGAAGGACUACAUGUCCCUACAGCCAUCCCUUAUCAGUAUGACACCCGCCGCCGGCGGCGGCGGCGCACUGUACAGCCACCGUCACCACCAGCAUCAUCUGUCGCCUUCUGGUGCUGGUGCCUCCCAUUCACCGCCCUCUUUCUCGUCGCCGCUGCAGCCCCCCACGCCAACGACGACGUUGAGCCUGAGCUCUAAUACCCUCGAGUUCACCUACCUCGGUGGGGCAGGGGCAGGGGCAGGGUCAGGAGGUGGCGGCGGGUCCUCCACAUCCGGCGACGACUCCCGCGACCUGAUGGUCUUCUCCUUCGCGCCGGCCGAUCAGUACCAGUACCAGACCAUGACGAAGCAGAAGCAGAGCAUCAGCUCCGCUGCUGCUGGAGAUAGCAGGCGGCAGCGGCGCAUGAUCAAGAACCGUGAGUCGGCGGCCAGGUCGCGUGCCCGGAGGCAGGCCUACACCAACGAGCUGGAGCUGGAGCUGGCGCAGCUGCGCAGGGAGAACGAGAUGCUCAUCAAGCAGCACCAGGAGCUCAAUCUUCGUCUGGCCAUGUCGUCGUCAGCGCAGGUCCCUGCACACUACAGCUCCACUAGUCUCCAGAGAUGCCGCUCCGCCCCACCCUGAUGAACCUCAAGACAAGCAGAGGAUCAGCCAUCUGGCUGCCAACAAGCUGCUACACACAGCGCGCUGUAUUUCACAAUCCAUUUGUGUGUGUCUGUCUCGUCUAAGUAUAACAACAACAUGAUAGCAGCAUGGAAAGAUGCAAUGCAACUAUAUUCGUCACAAUGAUGAUGCUUUCCCGGCUACCUAUAUAUAUAGUACAUAUUCCACUUUCGCGUGUGCUGUAGCACAAACCAUAUAUAUACCCAACGGCCAACGGGCCGGCUAAAAUUGCGCCCAAUUAGUUCAGCGCCAAGUGAAUAUAGAUCCAAUAUCCAUUUUUG